GACAAUAUGGAGACUUUUCAACAACGCCCUUUUUCAAUUAAACUGUGGCCCCCCAGCCAGAGUACAAGGCUUAUGCUUGUGGAAAGAAUGACCAAGAAUCUUUCCACUCCAUCCAUUUUCUCCAGAAAGCAUGGUCUCUUAAGCAAAGAAGAAGCUGAGGAGAAUGCCAGACAAAUAGAAGAAGUGGCUUUUGCUACUGCAAAUCAACAUCAUGAGAAGGAGCCAGAUGGUGAUGGAAGUUCUGCAGUGCAACUUUAUGCCAAGGAAUCUAGCAAGCUUAUGGUGGAGGUUCUUAAAAAAGGCCCACAAACUAAAAAUGACGAGGGACUCACAGUAUCUGACAAAGUUUUGCCGUCUCAUGAAACUUUUUUCGACAUCUCUGGAGGCCGUCGAGCCUUUAUUGAUGAACAGGAGGCAGAGGAGCUUCUCAGUCCUUUAAAAGAGCAGGGGAAUUCAUACACAAAGAUUUGUUUCAGCAAUAGAAGCUUUGGCAUUGGUGCAGCACACAUUGUGGAGCCCAUCUUGGUAUCUCUCAAAGAUCAAUUAACAGAAGUAGAUCUAUCAGAUUUUAUUGCAGGAAGACCGGAGGCGGAAGCUCUUGAAGUGAUGAAUGUCUUUUCAUCAGCCUUGGAAGGCUGUGUUUUGAAAUCUCUCAACCUCUCGAAUAAUGCCCUAGGUGAGAAGGGUGUCAGGGCAUUUGCUGCGCUCUUGAAAUCUCAGAAUAGCUUGGAGCAGCUAUAUUUGAUGAAUGAUGGAAUCUCCGAGGAAGCUGCACGUGCAGUAUGUGAGUUAAUUCCUUCCACAGAGAAGCUUAAGGUCCUUCACUUUCACAAUAACAUGACAGGAGAUGAGGGCGCUAUUGCUAUUUCUGAGGUUGUGAGGCAAUCCCCUUCAUUGGAGGAUUUCAGAUGCUCCUCUACAAGGGUGGGUUCUGAAGGAGGUUUUGCCCUGGCAGAGGCACUUGGAACAUGUGCUCAUUUGGAGAAGCUUGACCUACGUGACAACAUGUUUGGUCUGGAUGCUGGAGUUGCUCUGAGCAAAGCUUUUUCAGGGCAUGCAGGUCUUAAAGCGGUUUACUUAAGCUACCUGAACCUGGAAGAUGAAGGAGCUACAGCUCUUGUCAAUGCUCUCAAAGAAUCCGCUACAUCAUUGGAAAUUUUGGACAUGGCAGGAAAUGACAUUACUGCUAAAGCUGCUCCUGCCAUAGCUGCCUGUGUCACAGUAAAGCAGUUCCUUACCAAACUCAACUUAGCUGAGAAUGAACUGAAGGAUGAGGGUGCUAUUAUAAUUGCCAAGGCAUUGGAAGACGGUCAUAACCAGCUAGAAGAAGUUGAUCUCAGCACUACGUUAAUAAGGAGGGUUGGUGCCAGGCUUUUGGCACACACGGUGGUGCAUAAGCCUAAGUUCAAGUUGCUGAACAUCAAUGGAAAUUUUAUUUCUGAUGAAGGUAUUGACGAGUUAAAGGAGAUCUUUAAGAAAUCCCCUGAAGUGCUUGGGCCCUUGGAUGAAAACGACCCUGAAGGUGAAGAGGAUGCGGGGGAAGAGGAUGAAGAUGAAUCCAAAGAGGAAGGUGAUGAAGAUGGGGAUGAAUUGGAAUCAAAGCUUAAGCAUCUUGAAGUGAAGCAAGAGGAGUAGGAGGGUAGAGAUGUCAGAAUUUUCGCUGACCAGCUUGUGGGUCCUACUGACUCAUAGCAAGACUCUGGUAACUUAGGUAGAAGUUUUCCAUUUCUUGUAUUUGUAGUAUUUGUAGCAUAGCUUUGAUUAUGGGACUGGCCAUUUUUAUUCAGAGCUGGUUUUAGCUGUUAA